AUGGUUAUAGCUUCGACGUACGGUGCAAUACUCGGUUAUAUACCACCACUUCCUUUGGCAACCCCAGACCCUCAUGCGGGCGAUAUCAACGCUCGGCUUAUGAUGGCACAGAUCAAGAAUCUCUACGAUAACAAUCGGAAUUUCUUUCCCUUAGCGACAACUACGAGGGUCGUCUGUGCCUGGUAUAUGGGAGGUGUGGUAUUGCCCAGUUAA